GGAUAAGAAAUAUUAUUUUGGAAUUAGUAGCAUUUGACUGUUUGUCGGGAUGUGACAUGUUUCGAUCGUAAACGGAUAUAAAUGUUCGCGGUGGAAGUUACGUUUUGUAUGUGCAUUUGAUACAUUUCGGUUUGGUGUUUUAGUGAGAAAAACUGAAGAAAAAAACUUCGAUAUUUGUUUCGUUAUUAAAUUAGUGAAUUUGGAUUAAUCGAAGAAACAAUAAAAAUAAGAAACAGGAGAAAAAAAAUUCAAGUGCUGGUCUUUCGGGCAACAAUAUAAAAAAAAUCCGCAUUUUAAUUAUAGUUACAAAAACAACAACAAUAUCGGACCAAAUAUGGAAUUGAAUUUAUAAUUGAAAUUUUUGUGAAAGUAGUUGAACAAAAAUCUUUCAUCAUUUUUGAGUUUAAUAAUAUGAGUUUGCCCAGUGGGGUUGAUAUGACGAAUCUUAUGUCACAGCAUCCCGUGUUGGGAGCCCUGCCUCCAGCAUUUUUCUUGAGAGCCGCUUCUGAACGUUAUCAACGAACACCAAAAUGCGCUAGAUGUCGAAACCAUGGAGUGGUGAGUGCUUUAAAAGGACAUAAACGGUACUGCCGGUGGCGAGACUGUGUUUGUGCAAAAUGUACCCUGAUAGCUGAACGUCAACGUGUGAUGGCAGCUCAGGUUGCAUUGCGACGGCAGCAGGCACAAGAAGAGAACGAGGCAAGAGAAUUAGGACUGUUAUAUUCAAGUGUGCCUGGACAACAACAACAACAGCAACAACAAUCCGAUAGUCAAGCACCACCAUCGAGUGGCUACCAUUCGGGCAUUCCAUCGCCACCCAACGACCAUGACAUCGGACCUAGAGUUCAUUUUAGUGGCAGUGAAUCGGAUGUGGAAUCACAAAGGAUGCGACCUGAACGAAUAAGCAAUACAUAUUCACCAGAUAGACCAGAAAACGAGAGUCCUGGUUCGAAACGACAACGAAUAUCUGUGGAAACGGAUCACGACACCGGAUCGGAAUCAUCGCCGAGCAGUCCGCGCCUAAAAAACACAUCGUUUUCAUUGCCCACAGUUAUGUCACCGUCGCAGGCCGGUGCGCCCAGUUCACCGGAAUCCGAUCUAGAUGUUGACUCUGCGCCCGACGAAGCUACACCGGAAAAUCUGAGCUUGAAAAAGGACGAUUCCACGUCGCCGCCAUCAACACCGUCAGACAAUUUGAAUAUAUUGCGUCAUGUUGGUAAUAACAAUGGACAUGGAGGAUUUUUGCCAUAUCAUCAAGCGCAGUUUAUGGGCUCGUUGCCAUCUCAACGCUCACCGAUCGAUGUUUUGCUAAGAGUAUUUCCUACACGACGUCGUAGUGAAGUGGAAACGCUUCUACAGAAAUAUCGAGGAGAUGUGGUACAAGCAAUGGAGGCGAUGUUAUCAGGUGACGAAGCUUUGCAUGCAAUGCCAGUACCAGCCCCAUCGCCACCAUUCUCCGUAAAAUCAGCCUUUUCUCCUUUGGUACCGCCCGGUGUUUUCAAUUCAGCCGUUGGUCGAUAUCCCAUAUUUCAACAACAGCAACAGCAGCAGCAACAACAUAAAAGAUUCCUAGCGGCUCCAUACACAGGUACGGGUUUCUUAUCGACAAUUAUUCAGUCCGAACCGGAUCAAUCGGAAUCGAAUGGCAAUGGUGAUCGAUGCGGUAGCGGCGGUGAUUCGCAAGAAUGAUUAUGAUUCUAUGAUGGAUUUGAUUUUUAAUAGAUAUAAAACGGGUUAACCGAACCAGAUUAUGAUUAUUGUGAACGAAACGUUAAACGUGCGCAGAUUCUGUCUAUGUAUAAUUUUUGAAUUUGAAGAGGUAAACAAAAUGAAAAGUAUUUAGUGAAAAGUGUUUUUCAAUUUAUAUGUUGAGAAUUGAAAGUAAAUAUUGCAAAUUAGCUGUGUAGUGUUUGUACAUAUAAUAAAACAAAAAAACAAUUUAAGUGAUUUUUCAUCAGAAAAUUCGUUAAAUAAUUAAGGUAAACUUUAAUAAUGUCUGCGAGAGGUGCUCGUUUUUUCUCCGUCAGGAAAAAGCUUUUAAAAAGAAACAAUAGUUUUCUUCAA